AUGAGUACAAAGGCCUACAGAGUUUCCAAUCAAUUUCAUUGCUCUGUUGUUGUCAGUUGUUUUCGUCGCUUUGAUAGAACCGAUUUUACUUUCAAAGAAGCAUCAUUUGCAGCCAUUAAUCCAAAAAUUCAAUCAGCGAUUGGAGUCGGACCUACUGCGGCUCGUGUUACGGGGGAUAAUGUUUCCACUGCUAUCAACGACAUUGAUUACUCAACUGCAUUUGAGUUACGCGAUAUAUCGAUAUGUAACGACAAAAAUAAUGAUAAAGAUAUUUACUUCAGCAUAGACGAUGGAGAAGAAAAUAGUGUCCACGAAGAUGAGUUCGAUUCAAAAGAAUCUGUUCCAUCAACUGAUAAUAAUGAUUAA